AUUCGGGUAUCAUGCCCGCGAUGAGUGCUAAACUGCUAAUCUCCAGUGUUAGGCACGAGGCCGUGCACCGUAAGCUACAGCUGCCGGAGAAACCCAAAGGUCACCUCCGUCAGCGAUUCGAAUCGCGCUCCAAGUAGUUGACGCCGAUUCUCCUUUCCGCCUUCAUCGCACACUGAAGGUGUCUGAAUCAUUGCCAUGAAAGCGUUAAUUCUUGUUGGAGGGUUUGGAACACGACUGAGGCCAUUGACCCUCAGUAUGCCAAAGCCACUGGUCGAAUUUGCUAACAAACCCAUGAUUCUGCACCAGAUAGAAGCCCUGAAAGCUGUAGGGGUGACUGAAGUAGUUUUGGCCAUCAACUACCAACCAGAGAUUAUGUUGAAUUUCUUGAAAGAAUUUGAAAUAAAGUUGGAUAUCAAGAUUACCUGCUCACAAGAGACUGAGCCACUUGGGACAGCAGGUCCACUGGCUUUGGCUAGGGAUAAGUUGACUGAUGACUCUGGUGAGCCCUUCUUUGUUCUAAACAGCGAUGUUAUAUGCAACUACCCAUUGAAAGAAAUGAUUGAAUUCCACAAAUCUCAUGGAGGUGAGGCUUCCAUUAUGGUUACAAAAGUUGAUGAGCCAUCAAAAUAUGGUGUGGUUGUUAUGGAAGAAAUGACGGGGAUAGUUGACAAGUUUGUCGAAAAACCUAAAGUGUUUGUGGGUAACAAGAUCAAUGCUGGAAUCUACUUGUUGAACCCUUCUGUUUUAGGUCGGAUUGAAUUGAGACCCACCUCAAUUGAAAAAGAGGUCUUCCCCAGUAUUGCAGCAGAGAAGAAGCUCUAUGCGAUGGUCCUACCUGGAUUUUGGAUGGAUAUUGGGCAGCCAAGGGAUUAUAUUACAGGCUUGAGACUCUACUUGGAUUCCUUGCAGAAAAAUUCCUCUCCCAGAUUGGCUUUUGGUUCUCACAUUGUCGGAAAUGUUUUGGUAGAUGAGACUGCUGUAAUUGGAGAUGGAUGUCUCAUAGGUCCAGACGUGGCCAUAGGUCCUGGAUGUGUUGUUGAGUCGGGGGUUAGACUCUCGCAAUGUACUGUAAUGCGUGGAGUUCGCAUUAAGAAGCAUGCUUGCAUUUCAAGUAGCAUCAUCGGUUGGCACUCCACUGUUGGGAGGUGGGCUCGGAUAGAGAACAUGACCAUUUUAGGAGAAGAUGUUCAUUUGGGUGACGAAGUUUACUGCAACGGAGGUGUUGUCCUGCCCCAUAAGGAGAUAAAAUCCAGCAUUUUGAAGCCAGAGAUUGUCAUGUGAAGAUUAUCUCGAAACUUACUAUUGUAUUACUUGUUCCAACAUUUGAUUUUCAUACGGCGAUGAAUCCAGCAGUUUGAAGCCAGGGUUGAAGAUUAAGGUAAAAGCCAAAACUUCAUUUUGGUGUCAGGAUCUAAGGGUUUUGUUUGAGAAGUAUUGUCUUUUCAGCACUUUUUGUGUUAACUGUGGUGAUGCAUCCAUGAGCCUUCCAUGAUUGUUUAUGUUUACCUGGAAUGACAGGUUAUUACCUUCCUUCUUUUCUCUAUGCAUGUUCUCUUAAAUUACGGCUUCUUUGAUAUCUUCUUUACUUGCCG